AAUGCUGUAACCAAUGGAGCUUUUACUUUUACACGCGACCCAAAGGACGAUAAAUGUUUAGUCUACUUAAAAUAUCCUUCUAAAACUAACGUGAUGUAUAAACUGAAUGAGAUUUUGGAUUUACGUGGGCAAGCUCUUUUAAUCGCCAAACCAAAAACUACAGUAAACAAUAAAAUUGAUGAUAAAGAUGCGGAAAUGUCAAAAAAUGUUAUGGAUGAAUUCGUCGCUCAAGUGGAUAUUGCUCAAGAAAUAAUUAACGUAGUAUCUGUGUUAAUCCAAAUGGGGCAUUUUGGUUAUAGAAUGUUUGAACAAAAAUUAUAUGGUACAGAAAACAUGAAAGAAUACCUUAAAUUUUUAAAGGGUGAACUGGAAAACUG